AUGUAUGGUGUCCCGGAAAAUUUCUUGGAGGUGGAAGUACGCAAUCCGAUGACACAUGGCUUCGGGCGUAAGAUGUAUACUGAUUAUGAGAUUGUAACGAGAACAAACAUUCCCGCAUUUCGUGUUCGUUAUUCAAGUGUUCGAAGAAGGUAUUCGGAUUUCGAAUAUUUCCGUGAUAUUCUUGAACGUGAAUCAACAAGGGUGAAUAUUCCACCUUUGCCAGGGAAAGUGUUUACCAACAGAUUUACCGAUGAAGUGAUUGAAGCAAGAAGGGAAGGAUUAGAGCGUUUCUUACAAGUGGUUGCUGGACAUCCUCUAUUACAGACUGGAAGUAAGGUACUGUGCGCUUUCUUGCAGGAUCCAGGAUUUGACCGUAAUCAAUGGAUGUAG